AUGAUCCUGGGUGCUAUCAGUGGACUUGACUGUGUUGCAUUUGUCCUCUUCCUGGUUCCCCAGCUGGUCUACCAGAUAGAACUGUCUUGUCUGGCGCUUGUCCUGACCAGAGUGAUACCAUUUCUAGUUGUCCAGCUCCCGUAUCAGCUGGCCAAAGAACGAUAUUUCACACAGCCUGAGAAGCAAUCUUGCUUUACUCAGAACGCAACCAUCUUCCAAGACGUAGUGGUGCGUUGUGUUCGAUAUGCAUUUGCCAACAUCCCCGCCAACGUGGGACGAGUGUUCUUCUCCAAAGGCGUCUCACUUCCCUUCUUCCGAUUCCGUCUCUUGAGACAUGGGUAUUUGCAUUGCCCGCUGUAUUAUCAAGAAGUCAUCCGAUCUGGAUUCCGAGGUCUUUGGAUUAUCGACGACCCCGAUUCUGAGCCCGACAUUAUCAUCUACUAUUGUCACGGAGGUGGAUUUUCCAUGGGAUCAUCGUAUUUUUAUGUAGAGUUCCUCAUGGCCUGGGCCACGCGGCUGAAAGAGAGCGGCUUCCAUAAUCCGGCUGUCUUUGCCCUGGAGUAUACCCUCGUACCCGAUGCACAGUGGCCGACACAAUUCAAUGAAACUCGUGCGGGCUACACAUUCCUGCGUGAGGCAUUUGGCGACGCAUCCGCCCCCAAAAUCUGUGUUAGUGGCGACUCUGCCGGGGCGACUUUGAUAUUGAGUAUGUUGCUCCAAUCCGGUCGGGUUGACCAAGAUCCACAGCUUCAAGCCUUGCACCGACCAUGUCUGGCCAUCUUGCUUUCGCCAUGGACACAUCUUGUGUCAGAAUUGAACCGGAACACGACCAGUGAUUACCUGGAUAAGGACAGCCUGGAGCUGUACGCGAAGCAAUAUGCAGGCGAGGGGGCAAUGAUCAACAGCAUCAUCUCGCCUGGGCUGAGCACGGCCCGUUGGAAACAAGCAUCACCGCUGAACGGUUACCGCAUCAUUUAUGGAGCUGAAGAAGUGUUUAGCCCAGGGAUCCAAGAGACAAUACGGCAUAUGAAGAACAAUGGGGCCAUGGUGAAGGUUCAUCAACAGGAGGCAGGAAUCCACGCAUGGCCGGUGGUUAAUUUGUUUCUUGGGAACACCCGCGAGGAACGAUUGCAGGGUUUGGAUAUCAUGACCGAGUUCAUCCUCUCCUCAAGUCUGGCGCCAAGGGUGUAA